AUGGAAACCUUGGAUAAUUUGCACCAGCGUGACAAGGUCGGAGUGGACGACUUUGUUCUGCUAGAAAACUUUGAAGAUAAGGAUGCCUUCCUGGAGAAUCUCCGCAAGCGCUACAAGGAGAAUAUUAUUUACACUUACAUUGGUCAAGUGCUGAUCUCGGUCAAUCCCUACAAGGAUCUAAACAUCUACAAUCGCAACUACAUUGAGAGCUACCAAAAUGUCAACUUUUACGAACUUGCGCCACACAUAUUUGCCAUCGCUGACGCUUCGUACCGCCAAAUGGUGGACGAAUGCCGUGACCAGUGCAUUCUCAUCUCCGGCGAGAGUGGCUCCGGAAAGACGGAGGCGUCCAAGAAGAUUUUGCAGUACCUGGCGGAGAUUAGCAGCCACGAUUCGGCGAUUCAGCACGUGAAAAACAAGCUGCUGUACUCGAAUCCAGUGCUGGAGGCCUUCGGCAACUCGAAGACUAGUCGCAACAACAACUCCAGCCGCUUUGGCAAGUACAUGGACGUGGAGUUUGACAAUCUGGGCACUCCCACUGGCGGCCACAUUAACGUCUACCUACUGGAGAAGUCACGCGUCGUCUUUCAGAGUCGAAAUGAACGCAACUUUCACAUCUUCUACCAAGUGCUCAAGGGACUAGACGAGGAAACGCUCCUCCGACUCGGCCUGCGACGAGACCCCGCGGACUACUUUUACCUGAAUCAGAACCUGGACACGUCCGACGACUACACCGCCAAUGAGGCGGAGCAGUUCAGGGUGGUGCGCGAGGCCUUUCGCCACUUUGAGUUCAGCGAGCAGGAGGAAUUUAGCAUGCUCUCCAUCAUUGCCUCCAUUCUCCACCUUGGCACGGUGGGCUUCUACGAGGAGGACGACGGCGACCACCAGGCGGUCAUCUCCAACCUGAAGCCGGUCAACCUGAUCUGCCAGCUGCUGGAGUGCGACCCGGAGAUGCUGAAGAAGGCCCUCACCCACCGCACCAUUGAGGCUCGCGAUGAGUCACUGCCGACUGGUCUGAACCGCGAGCAGGCCAUCUACGCCCGCGACGCCCUGGCAAAGGCCAUCUACGAGCGACUCUUUCUCUGGCUGGUGAGCAAGCUCAAUGACUCGCUGAAGAACAAAAAUAAAGCCAAGUCCGGUCGCAAUCUGAUGGGUCUGCUGGACAUUUACGGCUUUGAGAUCUUUGAGAAGAACCACUUUGAGCAGUUUUGCAUCAACUACUGCAAUGAAAAGCUGCAGCAGCUCUUUAUUGAGCUGACGCUCAAGUCGGAGCAGGAAGAGUACCGACGAGAGCAAAUUGAGUGGGAGCCCGUCAAGUACUUCAACAACCAGAUCAUUUGCGAUCUGAUUGAGCAGCGCCACAAGGGCAUCAUUGACUUUCUAGAUGAAGAGUGCCUGCGCCCUGGUGAGCCGAAUGAUUUUACCUUUCUCGCCAAGCUGGAGGAGAACCUCGGUCAGCACUCUCGCAUGGCACUGGUCAAAGGGCUCAACAACAAGAAUCGCAAUAAUGCCGUCACUGAUCAAUUCAAAAUCUCGCACUACGCCGGAGAGGUGGUCUACGACGUGACCGGCUUCAUCGACAAGAACAAUGACCUGCUGUUUCGUGACCUGAAGAAGGCGAUGUGCUCCUCGAAGAGCGUCAUCAUCAGUCAGCUGUUCCACGCGGACGAGCUGAGCAACCUUCGCCGUCCGACGACCACUGCCACCCAGUUUCGCCAUAGUCUUUCCAAUUUGAUGAGCUUACUGAAGUCGAAGCAGCCCUGGUACAUUCGCUGCAUCAAGCCGAACGAGCACCAGAUGGCCCACUCCUUUGACACCCGGAUUGUCAGCCACCAGGUGCAGUACCUGGGACUGAUGGAGAACCUGCGAGUGCGCCGAGCGGGCUUUGCCUACCGCCGAGAGUACGAGCAGUUCCUCGAGCGCUACAAGUGCCUCUCCCCGGAGACCUGGCCCCACUACCGCGGCAGUGCCAAGCGAGGCGUCGAGGAGCUGAUGCGCCACUUUGGCUUUGGCGAGGCGGAGUACAAGCUGGGUCUGACCAAGAUCUUCAUUCGCUUCCCCAAGACGCUCUUCACCAUUGAGGACGCCUUUCAGAAGCAGAAGCACGCGCUGGCCACCAUGAUUCAGGCGCUGUACCGCGGCCACCGCCAGCGGCAGAUCUACCUGCAGAUUCGCCACUCCACCAUUCUCCUGCAGGCGCAGAUGAGAAAGGUGCUCGCCAUUCGACUGCUGGAGAAGCGCAAGUGGGCCGUCCAGGUGGUGCGCAACUUUGUCAAGGGCUUCAUGACGCGCAAUGAUGCGCCCAACAAGUUUAACAUUUGGUUCCUCCGCCAAGUGAAGGUGGAGUGGUUGAAGAAGCUCUCCAAGAAGCUGCCCACCUCCAUUCUGGACAACUCCUGGCCGCCUGCUCCGAGCAGCUGUCGGGAGGCGUCAAUGCUGCUGCGCCCGCUGCACAAGCAGUGGCUGGUGCGCAAGUACAUCUUCUCGCUCAGUCCGCAGCGGAAAGAGCUUCUGGGGGAGAAGCUGCUCGCCGAGGAGCUCUUCAAGGGAAAGAAGGCCUCCUAUCAGAGCAGCAUUGCUGAACCCUAUGCCGCCAACCGACUAGGUCAACGCGACGAGGAGAUGCGCCGCAACUACUUUGAGCUGAAGAUUAAGCGGGAGAAUGAGAAGGCGCAGUACUGCUGUCUGGUGAACAAGUACGACCGUCAUGGCUACAAGUUGCGCUCCCGGGUGCUCAUUCUCACCAAUCUAAAGUUCUACCUUCUGGACGAUAAGAAGUUCACCGUGAAGGAGGCGAUUCCGCUGUCGUCCAUCACCGGCCUGCUGACGAGCAACAAGUCAGACAGCGUCUUUAUCGUUCAAGUGCCAGCUGAAAACAAGGAAAAGGGUGAUUUAAUUCUCGAGUACAGUCCUCGACUGAUUGAGCUUCUAACUAAAAUAGUCAAAAUUAUUGGAAAGGACAAGCUGGUCAUUUCUGACUCUGCCAAUGUUGAGCACACUAUGGCCAAUGGAAAACGCGGCCAGAUUUGCUUUGCCGAUGGACGCAGCUAUGAGAUUGUCAAGCGAAAAGAUGGAAUCCUCCAAGUGAGCUCUGCGUCAGCUUGA